AUGUCCUACCCAGCACACUGCGACACGCUCCUGGCAGCCAAGACGGCAAGCGGCAAGUCUUUCGAUGCUCUCGCCAAGGAAGUCGGCAAGCCUGAAGUCUGGCUUGCAGCUUUGUUCUUCGGGAACGCAGUGACUGACGACGCGACGGCCGCCAAGAUCGCCAAGGCUAUCGGGUGCGAUGACGAGGCGGCAGUGCAGGCCAUGGCCGGUCGUGGACCGGGCAACGUCGGCGUUGCGGGGGGAAUUACGCGCGGGCGUGGAUGGGAGUGGCCGCCGCGCGAUCCUACCCUCUACCGCUUCGCUGAGGCUGUUAUGGUCUAUGGCGAGGCUUGGAAGGCUCUUAUUCACGAGAAGUUCGGCGACGGUAUUAUGAGCGCUAUCACUUUCCGCUCAGAGCUUAAGCGCGUCCCGGACCCGAAUGGGGACCGCGUGCUCAUCACCCUCGAUGGCAAGUUCCUCAAGUACUCGGACACGGACGACUGGUAG